CCAGUGCUCUCAGUGCUGCCAGUGCUCUCAGUGCUCUCAGUGCUCCCAGUGCUCCCAGUGCUGCCAGUGCUGCCUUUAACUUCUGAUCUGUGAACUGUUACUUUUAAAAGACCUUAAAGGAAAGUGAACUGAUCUGAAAGUCCAGGACAAAGUCCACCUGCUGAUGAAGAUCAUGUGACAUGAUUGAAAGCUCCAGAACAGCUACUGAGUGAAUCCUUGUUUGUUCAUGUCUGUAGUGAACUCUGCAGCCUGCAGGGGGCGCCGCCAGUUCAAGACUCGAACUUUGUCUUUGAUGUUGCAGUUUAUUAUUGGAAGUUUGAUUGCAGCAGCUUCUUCAGCUGCACAGACGAGACGGUCUGAACUCUGCUGACCGGCCAGCUCCGCCUCACGCCUCCUCCUCCUCCUCUUCCUCCUCUUCCUCCUCUUCCUCCCUGGAGAGAGGAGGAGGAGGAGGAGGAGGAGGAGGCUCGAAAAGAGGAAACCAAGCAGAAAAAAUGAGUGACAGAAAGACAGAGACUCGUCCCCGCGGAGACGAACAAACCUAAAAACAGACAGAAAGAAAAAGAAGAGCGAGGUCCGUCCCGAACCAAUCAGCUGCCAACAAUUAGCUUCAUCAUCAAUUCACUGAGCGAUUGUUUGAUCGAUCGUCUUCAGACGUCUCGUUUGUCGGUCCACAACCCAAAGAGAUUCAAAUUACCAAAGAAAACCACGUGAGGAGACAGAACCAGUGGAUUUUAGCCAAAAAAAAGACUUAAAAGUUAAAUGAUAAUCAAAAAUACCAGCAACAGGGGCGAACUGCCCCAGGGCCCAGACCUCCAGGGGCCCAGACCUCCAAGGCCCAGACCUCCAGGGGCCCAGACCUUCAAGAGCCCAGACCUCCAGGGGCCCAGACCUCCAGGGCCCAGACCUCCAGGGGCCCAGACCUUCAAGAGCCCAGACCUCCAGGGGCCCAGACCUCCAGGGCCCAGACCUCCAGGGGCCCAGACCUCCAGGGCCCAGACCUCCAGGGGCCCAGACCUCCAGGGGCCCAGACCUUCAAGGGCCCAGACCUCCAGGGCCCAGACCUCCAGGGGCCCAGACCUUCAAGAGCCCAGACCUCCAGGGGCCCAGACCUUCAAGGGCCCAGACUUCCAGGGCCCAGACCUUCAAGGGCCCAGACUUCCAGGGCCCAGACCUCCAGGGGCCCAGACCUCCAGGGGCCCAGACCUCCAGGGCCCAGACCUUCAAGAGCCCAGACCUCCAGGGGCCCAGACCUCCAGGGCCCAGACCUCCAGGGCCCAGACCUCCAGGGGCCCAGACCUCCAGGGGCCCAGACCUUCAAGGGCCCAGACCUCCAGGGCCCAGACCUCCAGGGGCCCAGACCUUCAAGGGCCCAGACCUUCAAGAGCCCAGACCUCCAGGGGCCCAGACCUCCAGAGCCCAGACCUUCAAGGGCCCAGACCUCCAGGGACAUUCAUUGUGCCAAAUGCUUUUUGGUCACAUGAUUACUUGGAGUAGAUUUAGUUUGGAAACUUGCACCAUUAAAGUAAAACCUCGACCGGGUCCUGCGUCCACAUCCAGUUCCAACCUUCAUUACUUUAGAUCAGUGUUGUGCUCACAUGCUGCAGUCUCCUAAAUAAAGUUGUUUCAUCAAAUGACCACAAACCUGGGCCAGGUAGUCCUCCAUGGUAGUCCUCCAUGGUAGUCCUCCAUGGUAGUCCUCCAUGGUAGUCCUCCAUGGUAGCACACCAGUUUUAGCAGUAGCCUCGGUAGUUGCAGCAGUAAUAUUUGUAGUUUUGCAGUUUCCUGAAUAAUCUCUGAGCUGGCUGUGUUUGCAGUCUUACUUUCCAGCACAGACAGAGAGGAUGCA